AUGGUUGGUAGCGAAACGUCUAGUCUCCUCCAUGGCCCCGUGGCGUUCAAGGACGCCGACGACGGCACAAUCCCUGUGCACCCUCCCACGGAGUACGCCGCCGCCGUCGCGUCCCUCCCGACGAACCAGAACCAUGCCAGCAACAGCAAGCUGAAGCGGCGCUGCUACCAGGGCGUGUGGGUGCGAGAGGAGUGGGCACCAGGCAUCAUGGCCAUGCAGCGCAGCUUCGCGGCGCGCCCCGGCGACGUGGUUCUUGCGAGCGUUCCCAAGAGCGGCACCACGUGGCUCAAGGCCCUGAUAUUCGCCACGAUGGUCCGCGCCGCGUGCCCGCCGGCCAGCCCCGCCCACCCGCUCCGCCGCCUCAACCCACACGACUGCGUGCCCCUCGUGGACAGGCUCUUCGCCGUCGGCCGCGAGGCUGUGCUGGACGCGCUGCCGUCGCCGAGGCUCAUGUGCACGCACAUGCCGCUGUCGGUGCUGCCGCCGUCCAUCUCCGGAGGACCCUACUGCAAAAUCGUCUACAUUUGCAGGGAUCCAAAGGAUAUGGUGGUAUCAUUGUGGCACUUCAUCAAUCGUGCUCAACCUGACAUAUCACUCCAAGAGAUGUUCGAGACUGUCUGUGAAGGCACAAGUAACGGCGGACCUUUUUGGGAUCACAUCCUCGGAUACUGGAGGGCAAGCAAUGCAGAGCCAAGCAGAGUGCUUUUCCUUACCUACGAGCAGAUGCUUCAGGAUCCGCUGGACAAAGUCAGGAAGCUAGCCCAGUUCCUUGGGAGGCCAUUCUCUGACACAGAGGAGGAGGCCGGUGUUGUUGCAGAGAUUGUUGAGCUCUGCAGCUUGGAGAAUCUUAAAAAUUUAGAGGUGAACAAGAAAGGCUCCCAAGGAGUGUUCUUCAAGUUCUCGCAUGACUCCUAUUUCAGGAAUGGGGUGGUGGGAGACUGGGUGAACCACUUGACCCCUGAGAUGGCUAAACGUCUGGAUGCGAUAUGCGAGGAGAAGUUCCGUGGGUCGGGCUUCACUUUCUAGUGAUGCUAGUUGAGUCUUCUUUUCUGCAAUGGCGUUGUUCCCGAUGUUAUUUUCUUUAUGUUGAUUGCGCUAUGAAUAAAUUGUUCUUUGCAC